GUGUCAAAGUCCACGUUCUGUUCUUUUCAAGUUUAAACAAGAGAAGAGAGCUUUCAGAAAUAAAUGCAGCCCAGUCUGUUCAUCCUGAAUAAGAAAAACAGCUUAAACUGAGAGAAAAAGAGAAGAUGUUGAGGAUGCAGAGUCUGGCGUGGGCAUUUCUGAUGCUGCAGUGUUUGGGUGCCACGGCGACCCACCUGUCUCCUGUGCCCUGCGACGACAAGAGCGUCGACAAACUGGCCCGACUCGCCAUGACUUACAUCAACGAGGACAGAAAAACAGGAUACAAAUUCGCCCUCAACAGGAUUUACAACGUCCACGUUCACCCUCAGGGUCCAGCUGGGAAGGUCUACUAUUUGGAUUUGGAUGUUCUUGAGACAAAGUGUCACAUCCUGAGUCCCAAAUCCUGGAAGCGCUGUGAUAUAAGACCUUUCAUGGAAACACAAAUCUCUGGAAACUGCAACACUACAGUUCUGCACACACCUGAGGGCUUCUCUUACCUGUACAGCUACGACUGCACUCUCGUUCCAGAUCCCCCAGAGAAGCUGCAGAGGACAUGUCCAGACUGCCCCCUGCUGUUAGCUGUGGACAGUGAAACUGCAGUGUCCACUGCCAGGACCACCCUCCACAAACACAACCAUCAGAGCACCCUGCCCGUCAAACUCACCAUCAGCACCAUCACCAGAGCCUCGCACCAGAUUUCUCCCGUUGCUGCCAGUUUUGUGGAGUACACAGUGCAGGAGUGCUCUGUGGCUCCGGUACAGGACGUCCUGUGUGAGCCAGCAGAAGCGGGGAAAGGGGCUGUUGGAUUCUGCGUCGGGGCCGUUUUCGGUGCGGACCCGGGUCAGAAAGUCGUCCAGGUGUCCUGUGAAAUAUUCCAUCCAGAGCGCAUUGGGAUUUCAGUGGCUGCUGGAAUUCCACAGCUAGAAGAGAAGUCAGCCACUCGACAGGAAGCUCCACCCCCUCCACCUCCUCCAGUUACCCGUCCACAUGUCCACAUCCCGGCGUUCCAGGACCCCAGUCCAGCCGGAGCUCGGCUGGUAGACCCUGUUCAGCAGAUUAUUCCACACGGGCCGAGACCCCAGCCGCCCCGCCCCCUCGCCUCCUCCAGUGAAUCCAGCGAAUCAGCUGAGAGAGACUGCUCUUCAUCUGAGGAGAUUCCGGUCUCGGUCCGCAUCGCCAGGCCUCCUCUGAACUUCCGCUACUCAGCUUUACACCAAAAACGCCAGAAACGCCAGGAUCCUGCAGCCAUCACCCCUCCUCUCAGCCCCACCUUCUUACCUGUGUUUCCCAGCUCACCAUCACCUUUCCGCUCGUGCCCCGGCUCCGCCCGCUACACCACCGUGUAGAGAUGCAGUUACCUGAUGUUAAGAUUAGCAGAAGCUGUGAAUUAUAGCGAUUCUCAUGACUUUAAUGAUCUUAAUAAUCAUAUAAUUAUAGUGUUAUAGCAAUACUGUUCUAAAUGCAUGCUGUAAAAAAGUCCUGUAAAAUUACAGUGAUUAACUGGAAGCAGUUUCGCCCAUAUUUUACUGUUAUUUUACAUCAUUUCACAUCAUACUGUCAUUUAUUGUAACAUUAUUUUAUGCUAUAUUCAAAUUGGUACCACUUUCAAAUAAAUAGUUCAUAAAGGAGUUUCUUAAUGGUUAUUAAUUAGGUUAUAAACCAUUAAUAAGCAGUUACAACACAUCAAUAGAAAGGGCAACAGUGACCUGUCGUGUACUAAAUAAUUAUUCUACUUUCAUUUAUACUGUUAAACCUCAAAUUUUACUUAAUGCAUAUCUUACUUUGUCUUUUCAUUUUUCAUCAGUGAUCAUAACUAUAAUAAUAACCAUAAUAGCUAUAAUAACUAUAAUAACAUAUUACAUGACUUAACUGAUUUUCUAUAUUAUUUUACUAGAUAUGUAAAAAAAAAGUUGUUCUUCUUUCUAUUUAUGUGUUUAUUAAGUGUUUAUUAAUGGGGUUUUUUAAGUGGCAGUCCAUAUUUUGUUUCUAAACUAAAAGCAGAAGCAUUUCUGAUUAGAAAAGGGAUAAAAUAUAGUGUUUAAUGGUAUCAGUGUGCUGGAACCACCAUCCCUGUUAAGCCUGCUAAGAUAUUAAUUCUAAAAACUGGGGUGUCAGGUCUCUUUUUUCGCGUUAGUUUUCUUCUGGCCACGUCACACUUUUUUACAUACUUACGUCACACUUUCAGCCUCUAAAAGAGGAUCCGGCUCAGUUUUACUGAACGCUUGUGGCUGGUGGAGCAUUGGGGACUUCAGAAGAGGACACUCAGAGCUCAGUAGCUCCUUCACUCAUAGUAAAACCAAAGAAACGAAGGAGUGAAGUUUCUGACUGAGCGCUCUCUCUCUCUCUUUCUCUCUCUUUUUCUCUGGACUCAGAUUUAUCCGCUCUGAAAGGAGACCGCAUCACACCCGUCCAGUUUAAAAUGAUUCUUCCGCAUGCUCGGUGCAAUUACCCAUUCUCACCAGAGAGGGCACUAAAUCCCCCUCAAAACUUACAGAAAACACUUUUAAGAGAACUUACAACUUAAUUUUAUAACCCUUAUUUAUAAACCAUUUAGAAAAGAACCUUAUUUUUAAAGUGGUACCAUUUUUAAAAUUUCCUAUUGGCCCCUGUCAUCAUGUAUAAAGACACAAUCAGUGUGUUGUCAUGUGGACCAGAGAAACCAUUCCUAGGGUACCCAGAAACAUAAGGUUUUUUUUUUUUACACUUAUUUUUUUAUUAUUUUGGGUUGUUUAGCUUUAUUUUUUGCUUUCAGACAUCAUGAUGCCACACUUUGUAGUUAAGAGCAAUGUAACUUAUUCUUACAACCUACAAAACUGUGUUAAAAAAAAUGUAGCUGAAAUUUUCACCUUCCUAAAGGAAGCUAGUCCUGGUGGGAAAGACUACACGCUGAUGGUAAAUGAUGGUUGAGGGGGACAUGCUUAAAUACUGAUUUACCAGAGCAAAUGUUCUUGUUCAAAGGUUUAUUUUUUUUUUUAUUUUAAGUCUCCUCCACACAGUUUCUACUUGGUGUAUUCAAAUUCUGUAAAAAAAAAAAAAAGAAAUCUGUAUUUUUUGGUCUCUUUAUUCUAUUCCAUUUUCACCUAAAGUACAAUAACAAUUAUCUUAUAAUAAUGCUGCAAUAAUUUAAAUAAAGGCUUGUUUAAUAUCUUU